CCCACUACACAUAUUUGGGCUAACCAAAAAGUAUUCAUUUUUUUUCUUCUUUUCUUGGUACUUGGCUACAAAAUUAUCAUAUAUGCGAGUAACAUCGUUUUCUUCCUAGAAACAUAUAGAUGGAGAAAGAAAGUUUAGUCUGUGGGUUGGCCGUCGAACUCUUGACAUAUAACAUCGCAGCAAUACCAACCAAACAUAGUUCGCCACGUAACUGACGGUUACCGUCCAGUCUCUAUGGGUUGCUUGAUUUCUCCUGUAACGAAACUCCGUCGUCUAUCUUCAACUGAUUCGCGGCGGUUUGCGUACCGGAAUCUGACAGACGAAGAUAUGGAGGAUUCGGUCGUAAGGGUGGUGGUAGGGAAAGAGAAGAAGGAGUUCAUGGUCGAACCGUACGUACUCGAAGAGGCGCCGUUUAGAAUCUUGAUUAGUUCGGUUAAGGAUCGUACCAAGACCCGGUUAAACCGGACUGGGAGUGUUGUAUGGCUUGAUCAUAUCGACUCGAUCUUGUUCGAGCACUUGUUGUGGCUUCUUCGUAACGAUGCAUCUACAUUUUCGGAUAUGGAUGUCGUCGAGAUCAUUGAGUUCUAUUCUCAAGAUUGCUAGAGAAAGAAAUUGAUCUAACGUGGAAUAAUAAAGUGUUGUUUCUUCGCAUUAACACGUGUAUUUUGUGAUGGUAAGAUCUAGUACUGAUACCAACUUACCAAAGGUCCAAAACAGCUUGUACUAUUAAUUGGUCUUUUUAAAGAAGUAAUGAAUCUACAUUACAUGAC